AUGGCAGACCCAAAAUCAGCUCAACCGCGCACGCGAGCGCAGAGGGCUUGCAUUGUCUGUCAUAAGAGGAAGAUCAAGUGCGAUCUCGAGACAUGUGCAGGUCCGCGCUGCACCAAUUGCCUACGCGACGAAUAUGAAUGCAUACCGCGAGAGCGGAAGCGGAAGCGGUUUACUAUGUCGCCUUCACCUUCGGGAGGCAGACCUGCUGGACGAUUAAAAAGGGAGCCACCAAAUCCUCGUGCUUCACUUUCGAAUCCUUCCAUGAUGGAUCCAGUAUACCAACCACAGAGAUCGAUCAGCGAUGUUGAUGGAACGAACCUCACCGAGGUCUCCCCAAAGUCGAUGGCAGGAGCUGCAAACCACUCCAAUUCAACCCCCCCAGGAGCGGUAACAGGGCAACCGCACUACCCGCACGGUGGACCAAAUACGUCGUAUCUUGGCCGGAGUUCUUACAUUGCGGUGGACGUUCCACUCGACGAUGAGGAAGCGCCGGAGAUCCCCCAGAAUUUCCAAACCCUCAACGAUCGAGAUGUCGAGGUUUUGGGGAUCCAAAGGGUAUUCGAGCUCCCGCCUCGCGCGAUCAGGGAAAGUUUGAUCGACCAUUUCUGGGAGCGAUGCUGGCCUUGGACGCCGAUUGUCGACCGCAGUUGGCUGAAGGGUAGGAACGCCGGCAUGACCAACACCAUGUUCGACCCCGAAGGCGAAUCUGGGACGCCUAGUAUUCUGUUGCUCCAGGCUAUGUUACUGGCCGGCUCACGAGUGAGCACGGCCAUAUUUCCAAGCCCAACUUCGGGGACUAGUGCCAACAAAGACAUUACCCCAGGUUUCGGCCCCGAAGACUUCUACCGGAGAGCCAAAACGUUGUUCUGGACAGGAUCCGAACGAGACCCUCUUCUCAUCACGGUUGCAGCUUGUUUGCUCAACUGGUGGAAUCCAGAGGGGCCAGAGCAUUUCUCGACCGAUACCAGUGGGUUUUGGCUGAGAAUCAGUGUUGGACUGGCGUAUCAGAUUGGCCUCCACAAAGAUCCAGGGGAUUCAUCGGAAGACUCUGGUAUCAGGAGAAGGAUAUUUUGGUCCCUUGUUGUUCGAGACUGCCUGAUCAAUGCAGGCCAUGGCAGACCUAGAGCAAUAAACCUACAGCUAGCCGAUGUGCUACCCCCCACAGCAAAGGACUUCGAUGGAGACGAGAGAGCAGCAGAGCUAUUCCGGCAUUACAUAGGUAUCUCUUUGGUCCUGGGGGACUUAACCCAGGUCUUCUUAUCAAGAGCCAAAUUCCAACCCGAACAGAAACUUUGCAUGGACAAUGCGGUAUUUCGAUGGCUCAAGACCCUUCCUGAGCAUCUGCAACUGUGCCACCAUACUUCAGCACGACCUCUUCGAUCAUACCAUUUUGAAGCAAGACAACUUCAUGUCCAGUAUUUUACCGUGUUGACAAUUCUGAACCGGGCCCAAAAUACCAGUGGACCUCCCUCGACAGCAUCCGUGCUCGCCUCAUCCUUCGUCGUCGGAAUAUUCGAAGAUUUUCUAGCCCGGGACGAGGUCCGAUUCUUGGGUCCAAUCUUCACCUUCUAUCUCCUCUCAGCGGGCAUUGCCCAACUCUCGUGUUACCGUUAUCCAGGGUUAUGGCAUCUUGCGCAGCAGGAUCUGGAAGUCAUCUUUCGAAGUCAGAACGAGCUUGCCAAACGCUGGCCGUCAGCGAUCGGAGCUCUCAAAACGCUGGCUGAUGUACGGAGCAAAAUAUCCGGGCGUCAAAAAAGCACAUAUUUCCCCGACAACAAUCUGACCGAGGACCAAGCUCAGUUUUUUGUAGACUUUGGGCCGGAUCUGGCAAGGGAGUGGAAUGUGCUCUAUGGCAGCCAGUCGCACCGAUGCGGGAACGGAAACAUGCCGGACGAAAGCAAUCGACAAGUCGCCACCCGGGACCUGAUGACCGCUGGAAUCCUGUCUGACCUGCAAACGCAAGCCCAAGGAGCGGCUCCAGCCGAUGAUGUCUCUGCUGGCCGUGGGUUACUCCCAACCGGCAUGGCGCCGGACGAAGCCGCAAAUGGGGCGUCUGGCAUGUACCACCAGGAACCACUGCUUGACUCCGUUCCUACGACAUUCGAUUACGACGGCAUUGGCAACUGGUUGUUCAAUGAUUGGGAUGCGACGGCGAUGUGGUGA